GCUUCUCUCGUUCUGCCGCCGCCGCCGCCGCCGCCUCCUCUCGCCGACGGCCAGAAGCGCUGAUUAGCCUCUGAACUGCUCCGCGUUCUCCUCUGGUUGCUUUUCGUAUCAGUUUCUCUCUUGUGGAAGCCUGAUCCGUCCGCCCGGGACCCCAUGCGCGCCACGUGUUUGCGGGAUUGCCUGACCGAGCUGCUCCGCGGCGGCGGAGAGCGCCAGAGCCGACUCUGCAGCCCCGCGCAGCUGUCGCUCGCGCGGAGCAUGACGCGAAGCCGCAGCGUCAGGCAACGGAGCAAGAAGAAGAGGGUGCACGCGCUCGAGGUGGCCAUGGAGCGGUGGAAGGUGCUCUCCAAGGUGCUCACCGUCGUCGACGCGCUGAAGAAGGAGGAGGAGCACGUCACCCCGCUCAAGCGCCUUGAGAUCCUGCGCCCGCAGCUCGGGCUCACCAAGCCCCACAAGGUGGCCCACUUCGUGUUCCGCUCGCCCCAGCUCUUCGAGGUCUGCCGCGACAGCCGCGGCGUCAUGUGGGCCGGCCUCUCGCCGCAGGCCGAGGCGCUCGUCGAAGAGGAGGCGCGGCUGCUGGAGGAGCACUCGCACUUGGCCGCCGAGUACGUCACGAGGCUGCUGAUGAUGUCUGUGGACCGUCGUCUGGCGAUCGAUAAGAUUGCACAUUUCAGGCGCGACAUGGGCCUUCCUCAUGAUUUCCGGACACGAUGGGUGCACAUGUUCCCCGAGCAGUUCAGAGUGGUCAGGUUGGAGGACGGCGAUUACCUGGAGCUUGUCUCUUGGAACCCAAACUGGGCAGUCACUGAGCUCGAGAAAAAGGCAGCUUCAUUGACCGGCAAUGCCACUGCUAACAGCAAUGCAAAUCCACCAGGAGAGCUCUCACUACCAUUCCCAAUGAAAUUCCCACCAAAUUUUACAAGUUACUACAAAUUCCGAGGAAAAGCUUAUCAUUAUGUGAAAACAGGCAAUACCAAGCAGUUUCAGAAGACAACAUACCUAUCUCCUUAUGCAGAGGCAAGAGGAUUGACUCCUGGCUCGCGGGAGUUUGACAAGAGGGCAGUUGCGGUAAUGCACGAGAUACUAAACUUCACAUUGGAAAAGAGACUGGUGACCGAUCACCUCACACAUUUCCGUCGUGAGUUUGUAAUGCCACAGAAGUUGAUGAGGCUGCUUCUGAAGCAUUAUGGCAUCUUUUAUGUGUCUGAGAGGGGGAAGCGGUUUAGCGUAUUCUUGACAGAGUCUUAUGAUGGGACAGAAUUGAUUGAGAAGUGCCCAUUAGUGAGGUGGAAGGAAAAAGUCCUUCAACUUACCGAUUACAGAGGGAGGGUCAAGAAUAUUGGUAAAUUUGCUGAGUUGUCUGAUUCAGAGGACUAUUUGUUUGGUAAUGAUGAUAACAGUGGUGGUACUGAUUCUAUACUGGAUGUCAAAAGUGAAGAUUCAGACGAUAUCAUGGAUGAUGGCGCUCUUGCAGAUGAUACUGAAAUGGAUUUAAGGGAUCUAAGUGAUUGUUGCAUAGACUGAAUAAGUGUCAUCUAUUAAUUUAAAGAGCAGUUUUUUUAUAUUUGCUCCCCAACAGCCAAGCUCCAAAAGUAAAUUCUAGUGAUCCUAGGGCAAUGGUUAUAUUCUGUUACUUCCUCGCUCAUGGCAUAUUUGGAUUCUUUAUAUCAAACCGGGGCUUAAAAUACACUGACUGAUUGAAUAUAUCAUGUUUGCUUACUGCUAAAAGCCUAAACCAUGCUUAUUUUAUGUUCAUGUAGAUUGAUUGGUUCUUCCUUUAUAUUUGCAGAAGAUGAUAUUUGCAAACAGCUGUGCCAAAUUAUUGUGUAUUGAAGUAAUGAAAUUGUCCAAGCAAGAUUUGUUUAACAGUCAUAUCUUUCUCUGAUUUCACUCUUCCGGCCUUCUAGUUGGUGAUGGAUUUGAUAAAUCGAUAUUCAAAUAAGUACAUAACAAGUACUAUUUCUAUUUAUUACCAUAUAUUUUAAAGCUUUGUUUCUGCAUAGACAACUAUGUGAUGUAAAAAGGGAAAAUUUUUAUUCAUGCUGCCAUAAUAAGACUUUCAAAAGGGUGUUGAAACGGCCAACUUGGAAAUGUGGAACUUGAACUCUAGUGCUCAGUAAGAAACUCUGUUUGGAGUAUUUGUAGAGACUCAGAAAAGAAAAUAUAGUACAUAAUUGUAUUGGCAGCGAGCUUUUGCAUGUGUUUUUCCUGGGAAAUUGCUUUUAGUUACCAAGUUACAUCAGUGCUUUGCUGUAGGUGCUGUAGUUUUCAUAUGUGCUUUAUUAAGUGUUCACUGUGGCUUCUUUCUUUCCUACAUUCUGUAGCCCAUUAGAUGUGUUUUAGGGCAGGAGUAACUGCAUUGUCUAUGUUUGUCUCGUUCGUUUAUAAGAUCUAAGGUUUUUGCGGAGGAAAAAAGGGAUACAAGUCUUUUAAAUGGUAU